AUGUCAUCAUGCAGCUCAGGGGUGGCCUCAGGGCUCGAUUCCCGGCCCAGAUGCAAUGCUCCAGGGCUGGUGCAAGGAAAUUCCUUCCUGGCACGGCACCUCCUCCCCCCGCGGAGCCACUCACUUACCCUGCUCAGCCAGGAGGGCACCUUGGAGAGCUUCGACAGAAGGGUCCGUGACCUGAGUGAUGCUUUGGGCUCUAACCUGCUGGACCGCAGCUGCUCCCUCCCCGACCCGCAGCUGGUCCGCAGGAUCGUGUCCCAGGUGGAAUUCUACCUGUCCGAUGAGAACCUGGCCAGGGACGCUUUCCUCCUGAAACACGUCCAGAAGAACAAGAUGGGCUUUGUCAGCAUCAAACUACUGACAUCCUUCAAGAAGGUGAAGUACCUGACACGUGACUGGCAGCUCACGCUCUAUGCCCUGAAAUUCUCAGAGCUGCUGGAGGUGAACAAGGAGGGCACCAAAGUGAGGCGCCGGGUGCCAAUCCCCGAGGCCCUGCUGAGCAUCCCCCCCAGCAAACUGCUGCUGGCCUGGGAGCUGCAGCCCCGGGAGCAGGACCCACUGCUGCUGCCGCUGCUCCAGGAGAACUUCCUGGAGAUCAUCCUGAGGAUGUUCAGCCCCUUCGGAGCCAUUGCCUCCAUCCGCGUCCUGCGACCAGGCCGAAAGCUGCCCUCGGACGUGAGGAGAUACUCAGCCAAGUUCCCCGAGCUGCUGAGCAGGUGCUGUGCCCUGGUGGAGUAUGAGAGCCUGGACAGCGCCUGCAGGGCCUUUGAGGACCUCGGGCACCGUGACUGUGACAGUGGCAUCAAGGUGGUCCGGCUGUGCGGGAAGGGGAACAGGAGGAAACUUGGGGAAGAGAGGCAGGUGGUGGAGGAGCUGGUGGAUCAGCCAGGCUGGAAGGUGCAGGGAGCUGCCCUGAGCCUCCCUUACAGCCACGAGGACUCCCUACUCUGCAGCUCUCCGGGGUCGGAUGAUGCCUCGGGGCCGCUGUCCCUUCUCCUGAACGAGGACCCUGUGGCACCUUCCUGGCCUGGCAGCAACUUCAAGCCUGGGAAUUUCAGCGCCUUCACCGGAUCACUCCUCGCCAGCAGCAAGGCUUUCCCUCCUCUUGGGCUGGACUUGGGAACCAGCAGCUGCUACAACCCCCGCGGCAGCACCAAGAGCCCCUGCAGUGGCUGGGGGGGCACCACGGGUGCCUGGGGACCCUGGAGCAGAAGCCCCUCUCCUGAUAUUGAACCUCCUCCAGGAAAUCCCCUGACACCAAAGUGGGUGUCUGAGCCCCUCAGCCUGUGGGAUGGGGUCCUUCACCUGCCCCACAGCCCCGAUGACACGAAAGGCUUUGGCAGCAGCUUUGGGAGCGGAGAGCUCGUCCUCCGGCACUGA